GUACUGUUGUGUAGCCACAUACUUUCAGAUCAAAACAGUAGAGCUUCAGGGGAAGACGUACAUAUAGUUCUCUUAGAUUGUUGUUUAUGUACUGCCAUACACAUUACGCUGUGUUAGUAGUUACACAAUGAUGGGGAAAAAGAUGGGAUUUAACGGCGUAUUCGCCUGUGCAAAUAAUUUCCACAACGAAAAUGUCAAAGAAAGACAAGCCAAGGAUAGAGAUACCUUUGAAAAAUCUUAUACAGUUGGCCAAGUUUUAGGAAGUGGCGGUUUUGGCACUGUUUAUGCUGGUAUUAGAAAAAGGGAUAGCUUUCCAGUAGCCAUAAAACACAUAGCCAAAGAAAAAGUCAGUGAUUGGGGACAGUUAAAUGGAGUAACUUUACCCAUGGAAAUACUUUUAAUGAAAAAAGUUCAACAUGUGCCUGGAGUAGUUAGAAUUUUGGAUUAUUAUGAAAUGCCUGGUAGUUAUAUUAUUGUGAUGGAUAGGCCAGAACCAGUGAAGGAUUUAUUUGAUUUUAUAACAGAAAAACGUGUUUUAGAUGAAAAUACAGCCAGAGACUUCUUUAGACAAAUUUUACAUAUGGUGAUUAACAUUCAUAGAGCUGGAGUAAUUCAUAGGGACAUUAAAGAUGAAAAUAUUUUAGUGGACUUAAAAACUGGACAAUUAAAAUUAAUAGACUUUGGUUCUGGAGCUAUAUUAAAAGACACGGUGUAUUCUGAAUUUGAUGGAACAAGAGUGUAUAGUCCACCGGAAUGGGUUAAAUAUCACAGAUAUCAUGGCAGGUCAGCAACAGUUUGGUCCUUGGGUAUUCUGCUAUUUGAUAUGGUGUGUGGAGAUAUUCCUUUUGAACAAGAUGAACAAAUUAUCAAAGCCGAAAUUACUUUUAAAGGCAGAUUAUCACAAGAGGUGAAAAAUCUUAUUCGUUGGUGUCUUUCCAUCCGACCUUCAGAUCGACCCUCCCUUGAACAGUUAUUAGAACAUCCAUGGCUCCAAGCUGGCAUUCCUAUCCCAAACGACAAAAGGAUUAAUACCUCCGAUAAUAAAGUGUUAGAUGCUGCCUCUAUGGGUAGUCAAGAAAGUGUCUAAAAGGGAAUAAAGACUUUGUGAUAAAAACAAUUUUACCUGUGCAAUGUGAUGCUUAACAAAACAAUGUGUUCACAGACAAGAUCAAACUUUAAAAGUGAAAAAGUUAAAACUUGGAAGAUAAAAUACAACAAUUAUUGUGAUAUAGACUAAAUAAUUCACUGGUUUUGUCAGUGAAAAACACUGCCAUUUCAAUGCAAAUCAUUCUGUGUGAAUUCCAAAGGAUUAUAUGACAAAAAACGUGUCCAGCGCUUUUUUCUCAGCUCCAAUAUGGUUAAGCACCAGAAUCCUCCAACCAAUUUAAUUUAAUUAAUUGGUUCUGGUUAUAUAUAGGCAGCAAUCAAUGCAAAAAAACAACAAUUGUCUGACUUACAAUGUAUCUCAGAAAUGUGUAAAACUGUAUAUGAACGAUUGUAAUUUAUUCAAAUGUAUAAGUUGUGCGUGUACGGGUAUCAGUGGAACUGUUACUAGGUUAAACGUAUUUUCACCGUUUUUUUUUGUGUUGGAUAAGCCGGGAAUGUUACCAUUUGUAUGUUAUUGUAUUUAGAGUUUUUGUCGUGAAAUUGACUUUUUGAGUUAAUGUAAUGUUUAGUCAAUGAACUCAUUGGAGGAAUAACUCCUUCUUAUAAUACAUUGUAUCAUUUGGUUAUCUAUUAAUUUAUUAAAUAUCAUUUUAUCAAUUCAACGAGCAUCAUUUAUCAUUUGUAUAUAUAAUAUAUAUCUCACUAGUUUAAGUUAUUGAAAAAUGUCUGCAUUGUGGUUUUUUUUUUUUUUUGUGAACAUGUGAAUUUUUGAAAUGUGUGUGAAAAUAUGGUUGCUGUACAGAAGCUUGUGUAUUUAUUUGGCCGAAAAUGAGCCUAUUUGUGAAUGUGUUGUAUAUAAAUGUAUUUUUAUAUCCAAAUGAAUCAGAAUAAAUUAAAAUUUAAUAAUA